CCAGUAUUGUGUUAAUAUCACACUGUGGUUGACUGAUAAAGAGUUUCACUUCCAUAAAUCACACAGACACAGGACAGUGCAGGGAGAAGACACAGGUACAGAUGUACAUUAGAGUUGAGGUUAGAAGUAGAAGUUACUGUAUUUGACCACCAGUGUGUAAAGAUGUCAGAGGGAGUCUAUGAAAACCCAGAACCAUUUAAAGACGAUGAGCCUGAUGCAAUGAAGAACACAGACAUUGAUGGCCAAUUAUAUAACAACUUAAGAGCCUUCAAGUCCAGUCCAAGAGAUGGAGUUGUUGCUUCAGAGCUUGAUAGCUCAGGGAAGAGACCCUCUGGAGUUGCUGCAGUGUUUCUGGGGCUGCUGUGUGUUCUCCUACUGGCUGGGAUCAUAGGCCUGUCUGUCUACUAUAACAGAGCCAUUAAAGAUUCUGAAGAUAAAAGGAACAUCUUGUCCCAGAGUUUCUCCCUUUUUAAAAUCAACACAACUUCAGAGAGAGACCAGCUACAGACCAGCUACAACAACCUGACUGAAGAGAAAGGCCAUAUUCAAGCCAAGCUUUUUGUGAUAGAGCAGCAUUGUCAGGAGGGAUGGAGAUACUCUGACUCCAGUUUGUACUUCCUGUCUACUGAGAAGAAAACCUGGGAGGAGAGCAGACAGGACUGUCUGGAGAGAGGAGCAGACCUGGUGAUCAUAAACAGCGAUAAGGAACAGACAUUUGUCUUCAACCUCCACCUGAGAGUCUGGAUUGGCCUGACUGACUCUGUUACUGAGGGGACCUGGAAGUGGGUGGACGGCACAUCACUGACCACAGGGUACUGGGGGAAAGGACAGCCUGAUAAUUAUGGGCAGGAGGACUGUGCUGAGAUAUACUUUAGAAAAGAUGACCCUGUAACAACAUGGAAUGAUGGCAAAUGUGGCGCAAAUAACAGCUGGAUCUGUGAGAAAGUGGUGUAACAAUCCCUCUCGCUCUAUCUCUCUCUCAUAUACAGUGUAUAUAUAUUGAUUGUUGGAUACAGUGCUGAAUGGUUAAGUGAUGAUUCCACCUGGUGGUUAAAGUGAAAAGUUGUAUUACAGAGUUGCCUACGGGCUCUUUUUCAAUGAGACCUUACUCAAUUUCUCCUCACAUCCUCUCUCUUCGACUCCUUCUCCAAACACAUUAGAGAAUUCAAUCCUAGGGGAGGGACCUUGGACCUUCUCCUCUAAUAGGGUUGAGAAGGAGGGGAGGAGAUAGGAGGAGAAGAGACAGGAGGAGAGGAAUCUAGGCUAAUUGAGAUAGAGCCUUAGUGUCAGAGAGAGAGGAGGAAGAAGAACAUUAAGAGAAUGAGGAAGAGAAAAAGUGAUUGUUGUGUUUAGAUUUAGAGGAGAAUAUGUAGACAUACUGUACUCUGUAAAAUGCUUCUUCCUUAUUUGUAUUAGAAACAUGUCAUGUGAUUUGCAGUAGGCUUAUGCUUAGUAAAAAAAAAAGUGGGACCAAUUAUUUACCUGUGAUUAUCACUUUAAUAAUAAGAAUAACAAAGUCACAGAUUAAUAAAUAAAGGAACAAUGUUCUUUAACAAGG